UUAAAUGCAUACUUAGAUUAACAAAAUCUUAACCAAGAAAACGUUCAUAAUAUAGUUCAGGCGAAUGACUGGAUCUCUCAAAAACAUACCGCUCGACCCUGCAAGAGGUUCAUUCCCCAGCCAUGAGGCCUUACUGUAGAAGUAUUCACAAAUCACUGUCCCUCCUUAAACUCCUAGAACCCAUUGCCCGCCAAUGGCCAAUCACCUUCCUCAGGUCCAGUACCUCUGCAGUAUCUCAGAAACACUGCCUCUCUACACACAUCUCCUCCCACCAGCCGCAAAUCAGCCAAGAAUCGGUGGAAAUUCUCGGCCACGUCUACCCGAGAGAUGGUAUGACCAACGUGACUGCUAAAAUCCUGUCCAUGGUGGGCAGAGAGCUUCACAACCAGAUGCAUCAUCCACUGUGGAUCAUUAAAGAACGGAUAAAAGAGCAUUUUUACCGUUCCUACACAAGCCGAACAGGCACGCCGAUCUUCUCCGUCCAUGAUAACCUCAGCCCAGUGGUGACAGUGGAGCAGAACUUCGACAGCCUGCUCAUCCCUAAAGACCACCCGAGCCGAAAAAAGGGUGACAACUACUACCUGAACCAGACACACAUGCUGCGGGCACACACCUCCGCCCACCAGAGGGAGCUGGUACGCGCCGGGCUUGAUCGCUUCCUGGUAGCUGGGGACGUCUACAGGAGGGACGAGAUCGACGCAAGCCACUAUCCUGUCUUCCAUCAGAUGGAAGGAGUGCGACUUUUUACCAACCAUGAGUUGUUUGCACGAGUGGAGAACGGCGAGGAUCUGUCGCUCUUUGAACACAGUGGUCGACGAACACCGCAGAAGCAGGAGACUCACACUCUGGAGGCCGUGAAGCUGGUGGAGUUCAACCUGAAACACACCCUCACGCAGCUCAUCAGGCACCUUUUUGGGGAAGAGCUGGAGAUCCGCUGGGUGGAGUGCUACUUCCCGUUCACGCAUCCCUCCUUUGAAAUGGAGGUGCGUUUUCAGGGCGACUGGCUGGAGGUGCUGGGAUGUGGUGUGAUGGAGCAGGAGCUGCUGCACUCAGCGGGCGCAGGGAAUAAAAUCGGCUGGGCCUUUGGCUUGGGCCUGGAAAGACUCGCCAUGGUUCUGUUUGGCAUUCCGGAUAUCCGACUCUUCUGGAGCAAGGACGAGCGCUUCCUGAAGCAGUUCCGUCUGGCCAACAUCAAUGACUCUGUGACCUUUCAGGCCCUCAGUAAAUAUCCACCGCUCUUCAAUGACAUCUCCUUCUGGCUGCCGGCUGAAGGCUACACAGAGAAUGACUUCUACGAUUUGGUGCGCAGCAUCGGAGGAGAUCUGGUGGAGAAGGUCACACUGCAGGACCAGUUCACUCAUCCAAAGCUGAGAGGAAACCGAGGGUGAAAUGUGAUGAAAGCCAUGGAGGGGGAAAUCGAUGUGCGAGACGGUGGCUAAAGAGAUCACCCCAGGAGGAGGGCGUCUCACGCAGGCCUGCAGGCUGAGGGGAAUAUCGAUUCCCGUUCCUCCAUUUCUUUAAUGAGAACGUUUGCUAAUUAGUGAACAGUGUAAGACUGUGAAAGAGAGCUUGCUUUAACCUUCACCCUGUGCAUAUCACAGAGCAUAAUAUAGAGAAUGAAUUUAAUAUAAAUGAAUUUGAAUUUAAUAUAAAUAAUGGUACAGACAUAGUAUAUCUAUUUUUUUUUUUUUACUUUCAAAUAAUCUUUGCCCAAUUAUUUUAGUUUCAUAAUGACCUUCGUAGUUUGGUAGAUGCAUAAUGUUUUUAUGAUUUACAUGGAAUUAUGUUUGUAACCAGCAGAUGAACUGAGUCGGGGUCAAGGUCACUGCAAGGUCUGAAAUAGUUUUUCUUCAGUAGCUUUCUUCCUGUUUGAAGUAUAUUUUAAGAGUAUUUCAGGUAUACAAAUUAGUAACAAGAGCAACUAGACUUGUUGGCAGCAGAAGCAUCACCGUUGGCGUCGAGUUCAACUUGUUUAUAGUAUUUUAUUAUUGCUGAGAUGACAGUGAAUGAAUGCAUGGGAAGUCAGUAUUUACAUUAUAGAUAAAAUAUGAGCUCUGGAGUGUUUAUUAUCUUAAACAUUUCUAGUUAGAAGCUAGAAUUUAGUUAAUUUUGUUAGUUAUAUGAAAGUCUUGAAUGAAUGAGAGGAAAUACUGCUGAAUUCAAGGGAAAAAUCAUGCGGUUUAUAGUAAAGAUGCACCAAUAUCAGAGUUCUGGACCAUUUGCCAUAUCUGAUAUUUGUCAUAUCUGCCACUGUCAAAUGCUGAUACUUACUAAAUAAUAAAAUUUAGAAAUUAGGACUAGAUCCACCUGAGUUACACAGGGGUGUUAGUCGGACUGUUAAUCAUCCGGGGCUGAGCCCAGAUUCUUCUCCAUCAAAAAAUUUUUAAAAAUGUACUUCUAAAAAUGUCUGUUUCAAUGCAUUUUUUUUCUUGCAUGUGAGGGCUAAUUGCUUAAAAAAAUGUGAAAAUCAGAGAAGGAAGGGAUUGGAUUUGAUUUACCAGUGCACCUGAAUAAUCCAGCCACUCGAAUGUCUCAGACCAGCAUCAUAUCAGAUGCCUACUAUCAUUAUUACUAGGCCUACAUGAUGGAAAAUCCUCAAAACCCAGAAUACAAUGGCAGUUUCCUGAAUGAGAGUUGAAAACAGACAACUUCUCAAAGUUACUUUCAUAACCUGGUUGCAAAAUCAUUGUUGAUGGACCUACUUGAUAUGAACAAUUCCACAAUUCCCACCUCAAUGGUACAGGUAGUAAAACAUGAGAAAAUAUUAAAUAUAAAGAAGACAAUGACUGACUUCUGUCUUUUAAAAAUGAUAUUGUCUGGUUAAAUUCAGCCUACUUCAGUGUUGUUACGACCCAGCGACUCAGUUUAGCUGGCUACAGUGCCAUGCAAAGUACAUUAGCUGUCCUAAUACUUUGCUCAUAUCAUAUUCACGUAACUUAGAACUCAUAUAGACAUUUACACACCUUGUUUUCCUGGCUCAGCGUGAGAGGAUGUUAGUGUUUCAGUUUCAAACUCUUUACUGGAAGAAAUUGUCAUAUAUCCAUUUUUCGCUCACAUUAACUGACUGUGUGAGCUAUCAUUUGGCAGAAUUGAGGCCUGUCAGCCAAUAAGGCACUAGUAUUUCCAUGUAUUUUCCUGUAAACCCCGUCUUAUUGGUCUUGCCUCCGUUCACUGAAGAUAAAAUACAACACUCCGCUCACUGAAAUACAAAAUUACAACACUGCCGUCUUCUUUUACUGAUGUUCAGGUACAUAGUGAUAAACCGCUCCAAGUGGAGAAUUAUUCAGGGCUAAAAAAAAAAAAAAAAAAAAACUCUUCAGGGCUACAUCCCCGAAUGCCCAGGCCAGGUUAUGCCCCUGAAGUUAGCACUGUUUAUAUUUCUAUUAGACUGUGCAAUUUUCUCCCUUUGAAAUCCUUAGAAGAUGCAGGCAGGCGCAAAACAUUGGAAAAUGUAAAUGGGUUGUAUUGAAGCUUCAUGCAUACAGAUGUUAUCCCUUCAGACUUAGCCCUUCUCCAACUCCUUGUAACUCUAAAAGAUAAAUAAAUAAAUAAACGGAAAAAAAAAACCCUUUCUUUAAAACCGCCUGUCUCUGGGUGCCCAAGUUAACAACAACAACAUUCAUCUGUUCAUGUAGCGCCCAAAGAAAAGUUCACUGACAGACACCUUUCAAGUUAUAAAAUCAAGACUUGAAUAUAUAUGGGCAUUUUUAAAAACCCAUAAUAGUCUACAUUUCUUUGUAGACCAACCAUUAAAACCCUGAAAUUAAACUCAUCUACUUACCAUCCAUAUCUGGUCAGCUGUUUCUUAAAUAGAGCCAUAAUACUUUCUUGACUAAAAUAUCAUAAUAUAAACGUAAUACCAGUUGAAAACAUAGAAAGGUAAGUUUAUUAGUUAUUUAAAUUCUUGGUCAAAUCUAGGAUAAAUAUUGUGGUCUAGGUUUUAAUGCUUUGAAAGUCAGUUUCCUGAUUUCAUGUUUUUCAAUAUGGUGGAGCUCAUAAAGUUGCUAAGUAUAAUAGUGUAAUUUCUUUCCUACGGAGUCUUUUCAUAAUAAUUACCAACACCUCUGAAGCUAAUGUUGAUAUUCCUGACAGAUUUGUCUAUACGGACAAUGUUCUUUUAUAUUGUGUGUAUAAUUGACAGCCCGGUGUGCGCUAGCUAGUGAAAUUGUUAGGAUUAUAGCUUAUGCUUGGCAUUCAUAUUUCUUUGUUGCCUACAGUAUUCUCAUGAUUUUAACCACUUGAAUGGGAAGAGUAUUGUGUUUGCACCUUACCAUAUUGAAAGCAGGAAUUGUAUAGCUCCUGAAGAGGGGCGUGGCCUGUGACUGGCCAGUGCUUUCUCGUUUCUGAUUGGAUGAAAACAUUAAUCAGAGCUGAAGCCAGCAGGUAGAGUGAGGCAGGAGUGAAGCAGUGUGUGUGUAUAAUUCUCACAGGAAUACUGCUAACGUGGCAUUUUGAUUUUGUCUGUGAAAGCCUGGCUGCUGUGAGU